AUGCCUUCUUACGCCAAAUUCUUGAAGGACAUUGUCACGAAAAAGAGAAAGUUGGAAAGAAUAAAAAUUGUUGCUACGGUGACAAAAUAUUGUUCAUCGAUGAGUAAACUUCUACCGAAACAAAAAGAUCCUGAAAGCUUUGUUAUACCAUGUUCCAUCGGUGAUAACUAUGUUGGGAGAGCCCUUAGUGACUUGGUGUCAAGCAUAAACAUGAUGCCUAAGUCCAUAUUUUUGAAGCUUGGAAUGGGUAAUGCUCAACCAACCACCGUGAUUUUGCAAUUGGCUGAUAGAUCACAUGUUCGUCCCGAGGGCAGAAUUGAGGAUGCAGCCCUUCUUAGAUACUGGGCGCAUCCUAAUAGACUAGGAGAAGGGAGAUUUCACAAUGCGGGUGGUUGA